CUAGUUCUCGAUCCUUCUCAGAAGAAAUUGGUGCGAUCUUAUGGUUAUAAGAUGAACUUGCUGAUCAUGCCAUGUUGUUGAUGAAUUGUAAGUUGCCGGAUCAAAGUGGUAGUUUCUAUUUAUAAAUUUCCACCACGAAGAGAAAUAUAAAAGAUCGUGAAAUGAGUGCCAUAGAAUUAUUAACGCCGCACUUAAAUAGCAUCAACAUUCCUGGAAAUUCUCAGAAGAUAUACAAAGAUGAAUGUGUGUUCAGUUUCGACACUCCUGAAACUGACACAGGUUUAUAUGUGAGCUUGAACAGCUUCCUUGGAUUUGGUCGAGACUACGUAGAGCGCAACUACAGGAAAACUGGUAAUGCCGUUUAUCUCCAUAUUCGCCGAGAAAAGAAAGAGGUCCCUUCAGAACAGCAAGGAGAUGGACCUGAGAAAAAAAUAACACGCCUGGCUAUUGGUGUUGAAGGUGGCUUUGAUCCUGAUUCAUGUAAGAAGAAGUUUGAAUAUGUGGAAUCAUACUCCAUUGUGGUGUUGCCAGAUUUUGUCAGUGUGCCUUGGCCAAGUUCACAACUCCCAAAAAUAGUGCAUUCAUCUGUGCAAGCAAUAAUUGAAGCGCAGUCUGCAUCAAAGCUUGCUGAACUUGAGGCCUUGGCUGAAACAUGGGACGGUGAAGCUCGUGUUAUCUCUAAACAUGCUGAAAACUUGCUUCAGUUGGAUAAUGGGAAGAAAAUUCCACCAUGCAAUUGGAAGUGUGAGCAAUGUGACCUUACACAGAAUCUAUGGCUGAAUCUUACUGACGGAUCUAUCCUAUGCGGUCGCAAGUUCUAUGAUGGCUCAGGAGGCAAUGAUCAUGCUGUUGAGCAUUACAGGGCGACAGGUUAUCCAUUGGCUGUGAAACUGGGUACAAUUACAAAGGAUGGAAAGGCAGAUGUGUUUAGUUACGACGAAGAUGACAUGGUGGAGGAUCCAAAUCUUAUCGUCCAUUUGGCACAUUUUGGAAUCAACAUUGCACAGAUGGAGAAGACUGAUAAGUCUAUGGUGGAAUUGGAGCUGGACUUGAACCAAAAAUUUGGUGAGUGGGUGGCACUACAGGAAGCUGGCAGUCAGUUAAAACCACUGUAUGGUCCAGGAUACACUGGCUUGGUCAAUCUUGGUAACUCCUGUUACAUGAACAGUAUAAUGCAAGUCAUCUUUGUUAUUCCAGAUUUUGUUAAAAGGUUUGUUGAGGACUCUGCAGACAUUUUUGAUUCUACGUCUCCUGAUCCAGCGUCAGAUUUCAAUGUGCAGACGGCUAAGCUUGGAUUAGGCCUGUUGAAUGGAAAGUACUCGCAGCCUCCAGCAGAAGCUUCCGAAGCGAAGCAGAUUACUGAUGAAUUACAGCCUGGUAUCUCCCCACAUAUGUUCAAGGCUCUGAUUGGCAAAGGACAUCCAUUAUUCUCUACAAAGAGGCAACAGGACGCACAAGAGUUCUUCUUGCAUUUCAUCAACACACUUGAGAGGAACAGUCGUCACCAGAACAAUCCGUCGGACUGCUUCAAGUUCUCUGUGGAGGAUCGCUUUCAGUGUAGUAAAUCAAAGAAAGUUAAGUACAUGUACAGAACGGAGUAUAGCUUGCCACUACCGAUCCCUCUUGAAGUUGCCAUCAACAAGGAGGAGGUCACAGCAUAUGAGGCUCUCAAGGCAGACGCAGAGUCCAAAGGACAGAGAUUAGACCCAAGCGUUGUCGUACGGCCUAAGAUUAAGCUCUUCUCCUGUCUGGAAGCAUUCUCUCAACCGGAGAUAGUCGAGCAUUUCUACAGCUCUGCCUUGAACGAGAAAACGACCGCAAGAAAGACAACACGUCUUGCGUCGUUUCCCGACUACCUCCUUAUCCACCUGAAGAAGUUUACUCUGAGAGAGGACUGGGUGCCCAUCAAACUGGAUGUUGCAGUAGAGAUGCCUGAUGAACUGGACCUGUCCCUCCUGAGGGCCACUGGACCACAGCCUGGGGAGGAACCUCUACCAGAGAUCACAGGAGCUCCACCACCCCCUCCUGUGCUUGACCAAGAAGUCCUCAAGCAGUUGGUGGACAUGGGAUUUCCCCCUGAGGCCUGCAAGAAAGCUGUUUACUUCACAGAUAAUAAGGGGCUGGAACCUGCUACAAACUGGAUCAUGGAUCAUAUUGGUGAUUCCGAUUUUGCCAAUCCUUUUGUCCCUCCUGGCAUAGACUGCAAAACAGGUGGGAUGAGCAACUUUAUUCCAAAUGAAGAAGCUGUUUCAAUGAUAACGAUGAUGGGCUUCACUCGAGUGCAGGCCGUACAAGCUUUGAAAGCCACCAAUAAUAAUGUGGAACGAGCUGCAGACUGGAUCUUUAGCCAUCAGGCUGAGAUUGAUUCGGAAGAUACUGGUGGAGCAGCUGUUGGACCCACUUUCCGGGAUGGGGAAAGCCGAUAUCGACUGAUAGCAUUUAUCUCUCACAUGGGUACUUCCACAAUGGUGGGCCAUUAUGUGUGUCAUAUCUUACGUGACGGACAUUGGGUCAUCUACAAUGAUAACAAGGUAGCACUGUCUGAGAAUCCUCCCAAAGAACUGGGCUACUUGUAUCUUUACCAGCGAUUAUAGGAGAUGAAAAAAUAUUUGUCACAAUUCACUGUUUGAUUUCAUUAUUGUAAUAAUUUUGUAAACAUGUUUUGGAGAUAAUUUAUAAAGAUUCUUGUUUAUGGAUGGCGUGUCAUAUGUGCAAAUAUUGUAUGUCUGGAUUUUUACAUCUACUAGUGACUGCAGCCUUGUUUGUCGAUCAUUGCAGUAUAAGUCAUUAAGAUUUAACAUAAUUCAGUCAUCUUUGUUAACUCAGUUACACACUAUAAAAUGGCUUUGUACUGUAAAUUAAAAUGGGGAAGUAGAGAAUGAGAAAAGUAUUGUGAUAGUAGUUGUGUUCUCCAAACAAGACUUUACAUUUCUAUAAAUUAUUACUGUUUGUUCUUAGUUUUUGCAGAGAGUAUGAUCCCUAUCCAUAUUUUGGGAAGGCAACUUUUCACCAUGUCUUAUGUAAGGUGACUGAACUGAAAGUGUUAUUUUUAAUGUAGUUUCCACACACCCUUUAAUUUUCCAAGGCCAAAGUUUUAUGUGGUCCUCUUGCAAACGAGUCCCAUCCCCAUCCCUCAGAAUGACCUCUUUAUGUAUGCACCUGAAUUUAAAAGUUAAUAAUUCUCAGAUGGAGGAAUGGGCUGAUGGAAAUGCAUGAGGAUUACUGUUACAUAUAAGGACUGGUUUUGUUUUAUGUACAGGAAUUUCAACUGUAAUUGUUUUAAGCAAUUUUUUCAGUAAACAAAUCUUACUAAAACUU